CCCAACUGCAGUUCCCAUACUCCCACCCUAUCCACCGAACAGUCCCCGUCAUUUCAGUCAAACCCCAGGUCCUAUUUCGUCAACCCGAAAAAAAUCCACCCUUCAACUCUGUCCUAACUCCACCCAAAACCAAAGAGAGCUGAAAAGGAAAGAGAAGAGAGAGAUAGAGUGAAGAGAGAGAGAGAGAGAGAGAGAGAGAGUGACAUGGAGUUCCAUUUCAACACAAACAGAGCGGAAGCGGAGCGGUGGCUGAGCACGGCAGUCAAGCUACUGACGACACGUGACCUGCACGGGACCAAGAGCUUCGCGAUCCGAGCCCGAGAGUCUGACCCGAGAUUGGAGGCCACCGAGCAAAUAAUCGCCGUUGCCGACACGCUUCUCGCCGGCGACUCGCGGAUCAGCGGCCACAGCCAGCAGCCCGACUGGUACGCGAUCCUUCAACUCGCCCACUACACUCAGAACCUCGAACUCGUUGCGACUCAGUACCGCCGACUCGCUCUCCUGCUCAACCCGCACCGGAACCGCUUCCCGUACGCCGAUCACGCCUUCCGGCUUGUCUCCGAGGCCUGGAACGUCCUCUCUAACCCUUCUAAGAAAGCCCUCUAUGACCACGAGUUGAGCAUGUUCAACCGGUUCGACUCGGCUCCUUCCGGGUCGACUCAGUUGUUCGAGAGGCAAUUCUUGCAAAUGCAUAAUGUGCAACAGCAGCCGCCGCCACCGCCACCACCGCCACCACCGCAACCACAAACACUACAUUUCCAGCCUCCACCACCACCAUCCCAAGAAGUACAGAGAGCACAACAUCAAUUUCAUCUACAUCAAUUAAGACAAGAGCAGCAGCAGCAGCAGCAGCAGCAGCAACAACAACAACAGCAACAACAGCAACAACAGCAACAACAGCUUCAACAACCACCACAGCAGCAGCAGCAGCAGCAGCAGCAUCAACAGCCACCACAGCAGCAGCAACCGGUGAGGAAAAGCCCUAGGAGUAAGGAUGGAAGAGUGGCGAUGGAGGAGGAAAGGCCGAGUCUUAACAAUGUGACCGAGUCGACUGCUCCUCCCUCCGAGUCGACUGCUCCUCCCUCCGAGUCAACUCGCCCCGUUGAGGCAUCUCCCCCUUCUGAGUCGACUCGACCGGAAUCGGAGCCCCGAACGGAGAGUUUCUGGACUGCAUGUCCCUACUGUUAUAAUCUCUUUGAGUAUCCGAGCGUUUACGAGGAUUGCAUGCUUCGGUGUCAAAAUUGCAAGAGGGCGUUCAAUGCGGUGGUGAUAGAGGCACCGCCUGUGACGGGGAGUGACGGUGAGGUCAACUUCUGCUGUUGGGGUUAUUUCCCGCUGGGGUAUGCCGAGAAUGGUAAAGAUACAGGCGGGUCAGCUGAGUGGACGCCGUUUUCGACCAUGUUUGCUUGCCCAAUACAAGGGAAGAAGAAGAAUGCUGGACGAACUAAGAACGCUAAUUCAGGGCCGAGGGUCUAUAUUGACGAUGAUGAGGCGUUGCUUGAUAUUUCGGAUUCUAGUGAGGAAUCUGACGAUGAGUGGCAGACGGAUAGGAGGAAGAGGAGGGCAGUGAAAGCAAAAGGUAAAGCUUCAGUGGCUAAAACUCCAGUGAGGGCUUCGGAUAGAAUAAGGAAGGGGAAUCAAAAUGUGGUUGGGCAGGGGAAGGUAGGAAGUGGUGGGAGUUUGGGUGGUGGGUCUGUGUCGAAGCCGGAGUCGAGUAAGAAGUCGAGUUCUAGUGCAAGAAAGAGAGGUGCAGCUGCUUUGGGGAAGUUGGAUUUGAAUGUGGAGUUCAGUAAUAAUGAAGUGGAAGAGCCAGCAGCUCAGACAAUGAGUGAAGGGAAUGGGACUGCAAACGGGGAGGAGGAUAACAUUGAAGGGAUUAGUUUUUUUGAGGGUCUUGAUGAGUUUUUGAGUAGUCUGCCCAUACUCAAUGUUGUGGGUGAUGACAAGGUUAAGGCUAAUUAGUGAAGUAAGGGUAAGACUCGUUCCUUUUGGUUAUUGCUGCUUUAGCUGUUGUACUUGCACUAUGGAUGCAUGUUGUAUUGAAUGAUGUAGAGCUUCUCGGCAUUUUGUUUCAUGGCUCUCACUCUUUGGAUCUGUUACAUAAUCUGCAGCAAUGUAAACUUAAUUCAGCUUGUAGCUUUUAAAAA